AUGUUUCGCGCACAGCAAAACGCCUUUGACGAUGCAGUCGCCAAGGCGACCGACGAGAACCUGACCUCCGAAAACUGGGAAUACAUCCUGGAUGUUUGCGAUAAAGUUGGUGCCGAGGAGUCAGGAGCGAAAGAUGCUGUCGCCGCUAUGAUCAAGAGACUUGCGCACAGAAACGCCAAUGUGCAGCUUUAUACUUUGGAGUUGGCGAACGCCCUCGCUCAGAACUGCGGUCCCAAGAUUCAUCGUGAGUUGGCUUCUAGGAGCUUCACCGAUGCUCUGCUACGUCUAGCGAAUGACAGAAACACCCAUCAACAGGUCAAGUCGAAGAUCCUAGAACGCAUGCAAGAAUGGACGGAGAUGUUCGCCAGUAACCCAGAUUUCGGAAUCAUGGAACAAGCAUACAUGAAGCUGAAGACUCAGAACCCGAACCUGCAGCCACCGUCCAAGCCCGGGAAGCGGGAAAUUACCGAUGCAGAUCGCCAAAAGGAAGAGGAGGAGCUGCAAAUGGCCCUCGCACUCUCGAUAAGAGAAAAGGCCACGAUCGCCCCUGCGCCACAGGCUGAAGCCAGCUCCAGCGCUGCUCCAGUCAACCAAACCCAGGCACCUGCUGCCACCUCCCAAGCAGUCCCGUCGGGUACUUCUGCCGCCACAGUGUCGCGCGUGAGAGCCCUGUUCGACUUUCAGCCUUCAGAACCCGGUGAAUUGCAGUUCCGCAAGGGAGAUGUCAUCGCUGUCCUCGAGUCCGUCUACAAGGAUUGGUGGAAGGGUUCCUUGAGAGGCCAGACCGGCAUCUUCCCCCUUAACUACGUUGAGAAACUUCCUGACCCGACGGUGGAGGAGUUGCAGCGGGAAGCCCAGAUGGAAGCCGAUGUUUUCGGUCAGAUUAAGAAUGUGGAAAAGCUGUUGACUCUUCUGAGCACUCGGAGCUCCGAGCUGAAUGUGCAGGACAAUGAAGAAAUCACGGCCCUGUAUCACUCUACAUUGGCCAUUCGCCCCAAGUUGAUUGAGCUCAUUGGGAAAUACUCGCAGAAAAAGGACGAGUUCACGCAGCUCAACGAGAAGUUCAUCAAGGCGCGGAGAGAUUACGAGUCUCUGCUGGAGGCGUCCAUGGCGCACCCAGCACAAUCCCAGUAUGGCCGGCCGGCUCAACCUCCUUACGGCUAUCCUGGUGCUGCUCCUGUGGGAUAUCCUCAAGGGCCGCCACAAGCUGAUCCUCAACGCUACUUCAGUCCCCGUCCUCAAGAAACACAAGCCCCUCCGGCCAACGCGCCCGCAUUCUACGGCACAGAACAAGCACACGCAUAUCCUCCCACUUCACAAUCGCCCGAUCCCCGUCAGACACCACCUGCUGGCGCUCCGUAUCAGCAGCCGCAGCCACAGCAGCAACGUCAACCCUCCUCGGAGUCCUACCAGCCCGUGUACCACCGUCCGGAAUCCACAUACGAGAAUCCGCAAGAACUCGGCACAUCGGUCUACGAUUCCCCGGUCGAGCAUCCUGCCAGCCAGCGACCACCAUAUCCCGGCGCCGUGCAGGUCCCGGCCGCCGUGCAGCAGCAUUUCCAACAGCAACAGCAGCAGCCGCAACAGCAGUCACAACAACCACACCCGGAAUACCCGGCCUCAGGCUACACUCCUGAAGACGCCUCCAGACCCCCUGCCCACCAAGCACAGCCUCCUUACCCUUCACACCAACCGCCGCCUAUGCACCAGCCCCCGCCUGUCCCAGGUACAUCCACAACGCCGACACCUUAUCCUGCUCUGAACGCGGGCGGAGGAUACCAGGCAUAUAACCCGUCUCAAACGGAUGUAUCUAACCCAGCGUCGUUCUACCGGUGA